CCAGGUUUUUUAAAUUCGGCAUCAACACAACAUGUUUUUGUUAUCAAAGAGUGUAUUUGUGAUGAGAUAAUGGCUCUUAAGUCCCUGUGUCCACUUCGAAUGGGUACCCAAAAGUUUUACUUUUUUUUUUUACUUUGUGUUUUCUUCAAUUUUUAGUGUACUAAUUAUACUGGAUAUUAUUAAACUAUAAACAGAGCAUGGCAUUGACUUCUUUCUUGUGUUCUUGUGUUCUGAAAUUUUAUUUCAGCUAUUUGGUUUUUUUCGUCAUGUUGAUAUAACAGAUACUAUUUAAUAUGUUGUUCUUGCAAGUUUUUGAUCUUAAUCAAGUUUGUGGAGAUCUAUAUAAGUUUUGGCUAAACAAAUUUUGCUGUAAUACUGCCUGACAUUAUGUAUGACAGGCCUAUCAAUAAGAAAAUAAUACCAGAGCUAUAAAUCGCUCUCCCAAGGUUACAAUAAUUUAAACUGGGCGAUUAAUCUGAAUAAAUAGAAUAACUUUAUAAACGCAUGUUUUAUUACAAAGUCUUUUUUAUCUAUUUUAUUUUAUCUUUUUUUAUAUAUUUUGGUUCUUUUUUACUGUAAAUAAUAGGAAAGGGAACAUUGAUUUCCAUGUAAGAUGAAUUGAUAUUGCUUGGCCAAAAAAAACUUUUUUGGGAAUUGGGGGAGCAAUUAAUGGCUCAGCUAGUUUCUCAUUUCUUAGAAUUGCCCGAGUCUUUGCGUGAGCAAGAGCAAUUGCUCUCCCCUUAUUGAUAGGCCUGGUAUGAUGGUUGUUCCAGUAUGAUAUUAGAAUAUUUCUUUUUUGGUUGCAUGUAGUUGAUGGUUGUCAGUUGAUUGGUGAAUGAAUUGGUGUGUGUUUGACAUAUUGCACUUGUACGCACAGUAUCAUACAAAAUUUUAUUUAGAUAGUACUGGUUUUAGCAUGGCAUCUUGAGGAUGGAAGAGUUUCCAUCAAUGAUAUUAAAUGAUGAUUGUUCAGAAUAUUGGUACCUUGAUCACGAACCGAAUUGUUUCAAAAAUCAUUGUUUUAAAAGUCCACAGGUGCUUUUCAUUACUUUUUAUUGCAUACAUCAUUCAUAUAGUGUGUCCAGUUUUUUAAUAAAUUAUAUUUUUUUUCAGAAAAUGGAAUCGGAUGGUGUACUGCAACUGUACCAACGUUUAAUUGAAAACUUCGGUGUCCGAUACAAUCUGUUUAUUGGGGAUGGAGAUGUAGUGCUUAUGCAAAUGUGGACAGAGAAAGGCCGUAUGGAGCAUCCUUUUUCGUUAAAAAAGAAGAAUGUGUUAACCACGUUAAGAAAAGAAUGGGUACGAAUUUGCGAAAGCUGGUCAAGGAUAUGAAGGGGAAAAAUUGGAUGACGGUAAAGGGUUGAGCGGUAAGGGACGCCUUACAAUCGCACGAAUCGAUGCUAUGCAAAAUCUUUUCAACCGCUCUAUAAGGAAUAGCAAAGGAGAUGUAGAAAAAAUGUUGUGCGAAACUUGGGCAAUUUUAAAACACUACUCAAGUACAGUUGAAAAAUGGCAACUUAAAAACUGUCCCAAGGGUAAUAACAGCUGGUGCAGUUAUCAAAGAGACAUUGCGACCGGGUCGAACAGUUAUAAACCUGUUAAAUGGCCGUUUUAAGAAGCCAUUGUAAAAUGUAUUACACCUAUUUUCAAUAGAUUAGCCAAUGUAAAGUUUUUGGAAGGAUGUAAAAAUUUGACUAAUCAAAACGUUAACGAGUGCUUCAACAGUGUUCUCUGGAACAUUUGUCGCAAAGUUCAGUACAACUCACCGAUGGAAAUGUCUCUUGGAUUGAGCUUGAGCUUUUUUAUUUAUAAUUCAGGAUUAAAAUAUACCCUACCUAAACUUCUUGAAUCAGCUGGAAUUAGACAUCACUCGUCAUCGCUCAUUCAAUUGACAAUGAGCGCAUUGAAAGUGGAGACAGUUCUGUUCGCGAGGAGACCAAAGUAGGAAGAAGAAAAAGAAAAUAUCGAGAAGUAAAAAGACAGGAUGUCUUCCAAAAAAAUGAAGGUGUUCAUUAUCAACCCCAAGGUUUCCACCCAAACGAACAUAAAAAAAUAUUUUUUAAUGCUUUUUAUUUUGUAUAUAUUUUACAUUUCUUAUAAAGUUUGCUGUAAUAAAGAUGGUAUCUGCAACUUAGUUUGCAAUCAAAUUUUGUGAGUAAACAUAUAGGGCUUACACAAGCUUACCCACAAAAUUUGAUUGCAAACUAAGUUGCAGAUCCCGAGUUAUUGAGUCGUCAGCAAAAAAAUGAGAGGCCUGGGACAAGCAAGCGAGUGUCAUUUUGGCAAAAAAAAUUAUGAUAAUCAAUUAACCUUUAUAAUAUCUAUGCAUUGAUAAAGUUUGAAUGCACACCCCUUAACAGGUCUAAAAUUACUGAUGAAAGAAAAUGUCCAAAUUUGCUAUUAAAAUGUGAAUAUCUUGAGAGCGAAAAGAGCUUUUUUAAAAAAAGACUUGUUAGCUAACUUUUUAAGCUCUAUAAUAUAAGUCCAACAUCAUUUUAUACAUCGGGUUCCCUUUAAGCUCUUUCCAGUGACCUAUGUGUUAUCAUCAAAGUUAAAUGUUCAAUUUUGGGUCUGGAAAUGCUACCUUUGUUUACAUUUGCAGUGGUAAGUUCUUUUGACUCUGCCAGCUGACUUGUAAGGAAAAAAUUGGGGCGUUAGGGAAAGCAAAGUUAUUUUGUCCAUUUUGUCACACAAAAUCAUUGUUUUAAGACUUGAAUUUUAAAUAAAUUAGAAGGCAUCAGUAUAUACUUUGAUAAUAGUUUAAAACCUCAAGCAAUGUUUCCGUGAGAAGAAAUACACAGGAAAAGAUCUCUCUUUUUGCCAAAUCCUAGCAUCUUUUUUCCUGUCACGCGAAUGCCAGAGGCAAAUAGCUUUCUGCUAAACAGUAAACAAAUAAUGUCACUCAUAAAUUAAAGUACUGGUACGCAAUAGCAGAAACCAUCAAGUUCUUUUUUACUUAUAUAUAGGAACAUAUAUUUUGGUCAGGAUUUAUUUUGAUUGAUCUAAGGAAAUUCACUUUUUUAAACGAAUUUUUUGUCUAGCAUGAAUUCUAUUG